UCUUUCUCUUUCAAUUGUUUUUGAAACUUCGCUCGGAUCGGACGUGUGCGCGCUCUGGAAGAAAAAAGUGAAAAAGUGUGUGGCAAAGUGCAAAUAAGCCACAACGCGCAUGUGAGAAAUCAAAUUUAAUUGAGAAGCAUCAAAUUGUAUACAUAUCGGGCAUACCCACAUCGCCGUAUGUGUGCGUGUCCCAGUGCUAGUGAGGUUUUCGCCGUGAAAGAUAUGCUAACUGAAUGAAAAACUGAAUCGCAAACUAACCAGCAAAUUGGAAAAGAGUGCUCGCAUUGGGGACACGCAGAGGUGUCUCGAAAAAGACUGAACAAAGCAGCAGCAGCAGCAGCAGCCGGAUAAACGGAUUUCCCAAGCAGCGCGUCCAGCGGGAACAGCUCCGGGGAAAAGAAAAGCGGCCAGCAAUCGUUAAACUGUUUCACGCGGCGGGGAAUGGUAUAUUUCUUGGGGGAUUGGGGCAUGGGAGAUUCUGACUUGUCGUCAUAUCAGCAACAUGUACCAAAUAUACAGCAGCCACAACGCAUCCAUGGACAUGAUCUACUCUUGCAACAACAGCAGCAGCAGCUCCCACAGCAGCAGCAGCAGCAACAGCAACGCCAGCAGCAGCAGCAGCAACUUGUGGCCCAAAUCUCUAGUAGCCUAAGCCAGUUGCAGCCGCCGCCGCAGUUGCAGUUUGCCAGUGGUUCCAGCUUCCUGCAGCAGGGCACUACUCCCUCGCCAUCCCAGCAGCAACAUGUUGGUCCUGUCAGCAGCAGCAGCAGCAGCAGCCUCGUAACUGCCAAUCUCCAGCAGCUGUCGGUGAGCAGCAGCAACUCCAGCAGCAGCAGCAACAACAACACCACCAGCGGCUGCAACACUCCCACCAAACCGCAACAGCAGCAAAAACUACUGCUCCCAGAAGCAGCUGCUCCUGCUGCCUCCGCUGUCGGCAAGCCAUCCAAGAACCCUCAGCUAAGCAAGGAUCUCCUGGACAAUGAGGAUGAGGUGGCACUGCACCCGCUCUCCAACCAGGUCGGAGGACACACUCGCCUUUUGCUGCUCAACCAGUCGACGGUGAUCAAGCCGUUGAACCUGCGUGAAUUGGACUUCUACCAGAACAUUCCGCAGGACAUACUGAAGUUUGUGCCCAAGUACAAAGGCGUCAUGCAGGCCACCACCAUGGGCGGAGCCAAGCUGGACAAGCGCUACUCGCCCAGUUUCCGGGAUGAGGCGGCCGCCGUUCCCGUCCGCAAGAUGAGUGCCUCCAAGAGGAAGCGGGAUGAGGUGCUGAGAAUGAAGGUGCACAAGAACGGUCAGGCAGCCGAGGUGAUCAAGAGCAUCUCCCAACUGGACAACACAAAUAAGCAAUACUUCCUUAUGCUCGAGAACAUCACCUCGCAGUUCCGGAACCCCUGCAUCCUGGACCUGAAGAUGGGCACUCGCCAGCAUGGAGACGACGCCUCGGCGGAGAAGCGUUCCAAGCAGAUGGCCAAGUGCGCGGCCAGCACGUCCGGAUCUCUCGGUGUUCGGCUAUGCGGAAUGCAGACCUAUCUGGCCGAUCUGGAGCAGUAUGCCAAGCGUGACAAGUACUGGGGCCGCGAGCUGAACGAGAACGGGUUCAAGACGGCGUUGCACGACUUCUUCCACAACGGUUACCGCCUACGCAUUCGCGUCAUCCGCAAGAUUCUGCAGCGCCUGCUGCAGUUGCGCAGGGUGAUUGAGAAGCAGUCGAGCUAUAGGUUCUACUCCUGCUCAUUGCUUAUUGUGUAUGAGGGUUUUGAGGAAAACCCGAUGGCCCACCCGUCCUCGAUGGGUGUGGAUGAGUGGCCGGAGGCACCCAAGUCGGCCACCGUGCCCGGCACCGUCUUCGACUACCAUCCGGAGAACAGCAUAGACGAGGACGAUCUGGAGGAUGAGGACGAGGCGGGACACGAGGCUGGCGAUGAGCUGGAGGCGCACGACACCGACGAGGACCUACACCUGGUGGCAGCCGACAGUGGCAACGCCUCGGCCACCAACAGCAGCACAGGUGGCGAUGCCUGCAACUACGAUGCAGAUGCCUCCAACGAUUCCAGCUCAUUGCUCAACCUGGCCACCAGACGGCACCUGCACAAGCGUGGGUUCGCCGAGGCAGCGGCGCGGGGUGUGAAGCAGACGGCAGCCAACAACACCACCACCGACGAGGAGGAGGAGGAAGACCACCCCGCCGCCAUGCCACCGCCCCGCAGUUGUGGUGUGAUGGCCGCCAAGGCGGCAGCUGCUGCAGCCGCAGCUGGACUGGCCGGAAAGGGACAAGGCGCAUUCAUUCCAAUCUCCGAAGAGACAGUAUUGGACCCAGAGCCAGCGCUGCCCAGCGUGACGACCUCAUCGCCACAUUCCGGUGACUCGUGGAUGAACUACAGCAGCAACAGCAGCGACGACUUCUCCGGCUUGUCGGAGCAGAUCAAGGCUGUGGCCAGCGGGCGGCAGACAUGCAACAACAGCAGUGAUGACGCCAGUUCCGAUUACGAGAGCAGCAUAAUUGGGCCCACAGAGGCCAUGUUCAAGCGCUACAAGUCGCAGCAAUCGUUUGACGCGGCCGCAGCCGCCGAGGCCGCUUCCUCCCCGCCCCUCACUGCCGGCAACUCGAGCGUCUCCAACGGCGGCACCACAGUGCGCUCCCUGGUUUCGCCCGCCUCCUCCAGCGCCUCGUCUCUCAAGUCGGUCAAGGGUGCGGUGAAGCGGCUGCGCUGCAAUGACGACGACCAGCAGUCGGCGGCCCUCGGGGAAUGUGAUUCGCGGGAGGCCAAGAAGUCGACAAUCACCUCGACGCUAUCGGCCGUGUCCUCGCCAGCCAAGACCACGCCGCAGUUGCACAGUUGCGAGAGCAUCUCCAAUCCGCACUCCCUGCUGGCAGGCCUGCUGCUGGACUCCCUGGACAACAACAACGAGCAGCAUCGCAAUACGGCCCUGCUGCAGCACAGCUCCAAGUCGCUGGACAUGUCGGCACCGCCCACAGAUGACAACCAGUGCUUCGUGGACGUGCGCCUCAUUGACUUUGCCCACACGGCAUUUGUGCCGCGCAACGGUAGCAUGCUGCCCACUCCGGCGGCUGCUCCGGUGCACCAUGGACCCGAUGGGGGAUUCCUCACCGGCCUGGACAGCCUCAACCGCCUGCUCAACGAGAUUCUGGCCGAGGAGCGCCUCUAAGGGGACACUGACAGCAAGCAAGGAAGGAAGGAUGAAAAUCAUAAUGAGGGGAACUGGGAGGAAGACACGUUAAAAGUACAAUUUAAUUUCAGAAUACCUAAAUUGUUGUAGCAACAUGCGUUAAAUUAUGAAACAAAAUCAACUAAUCUUUAGAAAUUCGAAAUGUGAUUCAAGCAAACCUAUUUAACAACCGGAUAUAGCCCCUAACUUUUAACUUUUAACCAACGCGUAAUAUUAAGUGCAGGGCGGAGCGAGUUCCCCCGACUAAUCGCAGCAUUUGUGGAAAACGAAAAGAGAAUUUAAAAUUGAUUUGUGAAAAAAAGUCGCUUCCAAAAGUAGAUGAAAGUAAAUAGUUCUUUAGAUUGAAUGAGUGUGCAUCCUGCUGCAUUUCACAUCCAGAUCAGAGAUAAGUUGUUCGGCAAAAGUGCAUAUAGUUUAACCUUUUGUGAGAGUUCUCGUGUAGCACACCUAUAUAUGUAUUGUACGUUCAAGCGAGGACACUCGGAUCGUGCGUUUUUAUACCUAGCCAUUACGAUACAAUGCAAAGUGACAAAGCGACAGACCGUAAUGAUCAGUAUUUCGUUGUAUGUAUCUAUGCUUAAAGUCUUAGCCCGUUUCCUUUUCCAAUUGUAGUGACAAAGUUUCGAAGAGCCAGAGUUUACUAUAUAUACUAUAUAAAAUACAU